AUGCUGCUGAUCCUGCUCUCAGUGGCCUUUCUGGCCCUGAGCUCAGUUCAAGGCUCAGUUUCUGAAAGCAGCAGUGAAGAGUCUCUGGGAACCGUAUUAGAUGCAACCAGCUCAGACUCAAGCUCAGAUGAGGAGUUUUUCAUACGAUCUCGUGGAAAACACAGAGGACGCAGAGGACAACCACCUUCUCCUAUUGAUGAAAACGAAGAUGAGGAGGCUCCACCAGGGCCACCCCCACCAGGGCCACCUCCACCAGGGCCACCUCCACCAGGGCCACCUCCACCAGGACCACCUCCACCAAGACCACCCCCACCAAAUGAUGAACCUCAGCCAAGGCCACCCCCACCAAGUGAUGAACCUCAGCCAAAUCCACCCCCACCAGAGGAGCAACCUGAGCAGAGUCCAGAUGAAGACUCACCAUCCGAGUAA